CAGUAAGAGGGGCGAGAACAUUCACUGUAAAUAUCAUGGCACGGGAAAACCUGGCGGAUCAGGUUAGCAAGCCAUGUCUCAUAGUUAGUAAAUUACGCUGAAUACACUUGGACAAUCGUUAUCUCACUUCAUGAUGAUUUGUUGUAUUGAAUAUGCAAGUGAUCAAAAGUGCAAAACACUUCAAUACGUCAUCGGUGCAACAUUUCGAAACAAUCUUACUCAAUUUGAUUAGAUAUAGCACCUUUUACUCAUCCGUCAUAAACAGGCCUUCAUAGUUCACUUCCCGUUGAGAUCAUUCAGAAAUGUCGUUUCCAAAGGCAACACCACAACAGUGUUGCACCACAACACCUUGUGUGUUCUUACCAUCCCACGGAGUAUCGACCUGUAGCAUCUCUCUCCUCAUCCCGCGGUACGGAGGAAGGUUAGGAUGGAUGCUGCAGCACACGUCAGUCGAUGAUUUGCUGAGUGACAACCGGCUCUCUUUGUUAGGAGUUUGUUAUUGUGAUAUCUCGUGGUAACGAACUUGGGAGUGCUUAGAAACCCACCGUUUACCUGUCGUCUAACAAUAUACUUCUUGACUAAUUGACAACGGAGGCGAACUUGGAAGGCGAUUCAACAAGACAGUGCUGCAACUAGUACUUGUGAAAUAUUAACAUUCAAAAAGGAAUUUGUGAGUUCGCUACUCGUUAUGGGUUUCUCGGAUGCUUCUAUCUACGCCAAGGUGUCUCUGCCGUGGAUCAUCGUUGGCUUCAUAUUUCACAUCAUCGGUUUCCCCACGAACGCCUGGGUGGACACUAAUGGAGGCAAUGCCGGUCUCUUCCGACACUGUGGGGACCUGCUGGGUUGUAUUACUGCCGACCAAAACACGGCCAAAGACUGGUACAAAGUGUCUCAGGCGUUCCAGAUCAUCGGCUUCCUGUUCCUAGUGGCCGCCCUGGUCACCGCCAUCGUCUACACCGUCAUCCUCAACAACAACCGGUUCCUGAGACUCAUAGCCAUCGUGGUCAACAGCACAUCUAUUUUCUUCAUCUUCAUCGGGUUCGUGGUGUACGCUGGACGCUAUGGUGAAGUGUGGAGCGAGACCACCUACGACCUCGGCUGGUCGUUUGCUCUGGUCGUUGUCUCCUACGUCUGUCUGUUCAUCGGACUGGUCUGUCAGUUCCUGGACUUGUGCAUCCCAGUGUCCGAGAGUGUCCGUCUCCAUAACGACCACUCUUAGGUGGACACCGCGACGUCCACCAACGUCAUAUGUCAACUUGAAGUAAUGUGAACAUAUCUGAUAAAAUAAAUGACUAAAAUAAAAACAUUUACGUAUACUGAACAACAUUAGAAACGCACCACCCAUAUAAUACAAAAUAUCCCCGUCCGACUGAAUUGUACCCAUGAUAUCUGAGCAUCGUCGGUGCAUUUUAGUGUGGUGCGUUUCUAAUGCUGUUCAGUACAUAUACAAAACGAUGAAACAAUUUGGGGUCAUUGGAUGAGACACUGUAUUUUAAGAACAAAGAUGGACAUUUGCAAUUUUACGAGAUGUAUAAAGGAUUUCGGCGUCUGUUGCAGAACUUUCGAUGUUGAGUUCGAGUAGACAUCACUUUUGGUCUUCGGACGUAGUAUCCCAGCUAACAAUGUCACGUUGUCACAACGUUGUGACAGCGUCAUGCUGUCGUUGUAACAACGUUAUCCUGGGGACUCCCGAUUACGUUGUCACAGUGUUAAAGUUAUAAGAUGCUAACGUAUUUUACAUUAACGUUCAAUUUAACGUUAAUAGUUGAACAGUUUUCCCAGUAGUGAACAGUACAUAGAGAAACAAAGCAGGAAUUCACUUCAAUGUUUAUCCGUCAAUUUGCAUGUAGUUUUGGUCGUGUGUUUUCUGAAACUACAGCAAAAUAGUGAAGAAAGAAUCUCAAAGUGAAAGGUUUUACAGAAAACUCUAUCGUGACAACAAUUUAUAAGAAACGCUAUUAUAACGUUGUGACGAGCAUAAAGCGUAACGUUUCCUCAACGUAAAUUUGCAAGAUUAUUAUUACGUUGUGAGAUAACGUUAUAAAAUGGCGUAAUACUAACGUUGUGACAACGAUGUGUCCUGACGUUACCAAUCUACAACCUUCCCACAACGUUGCGAAAACGACUGGACUACGACUACAUACCUCUGUAAAUACACCACUGUCACUGUGCCAGGACAUGCUGCUGAGACUCCGGCACACGUAGUGUAUAUACUCAACACGUACUUACUGCUAGCAGGUUAUCUCCCAAAACUUAGACAGCCAUAUCUUAGACACUAAUGAAGGGGAUUAAUUAAGACAACACCCAUGGCUGAAAUGGAACGGUCCUAAUUAGUGUUCCCUGCUGAGUUGACCUAGCUUGUAAAUAAAUAAAACAAUUGAAACUGUAAAGUAUGUGUAAAUGUAUGAAGGACAUUUAGAAGAGGAAUGCAUAAGAAAAGCAAGAUUUAUGGAUGUCAACUUCAUUAUUGUGAAUAACACGACGUUUUGGAGUGUGUGCUUUCUCCUUCAUCACCUCGACUCUCACCUGAUGAUUUUUUAUGUACAAACGCACAAAUAAUUUAUUCUCAAGCAAAAUUUUCAAAAUGUAAUGACUAUAACUGCUAUAUAGAUCUACAUUGUGAACAUUAUAUGUACAACAGGAAUCAGUUCU